AUGAUCAACUUUGUCUUUCGGGUCUAUAGCGGGCUCCGGUCAUUCCUCCAAUCUGUUCGGCUGUGCACGUACGUGUUCCUGGACAGCAUGGCAAACGUUUUCUACCCAUAUAUGUGGAGUCUCGAUACAAGAAUUCGAUCUCUCGCACACGUGCCAAAGCACAUCUUCUUCACAGGAGGGCUAAACAAUCACAAUGCGAGCAAGCGCGCAUCACACGCGCGCCGCCUGAGCGCCAUCCUCGCAGCUGCUAUUGAUGGUGGCGUGAAGCUUUUCACCUUAUACUCUUCCCAUGAGCUCUGGCACUUUGAGGAAAUAAAUGCGCUCCUCCUGUCACUAACAAACGAAUUGAAGCGUCUAGGGUAUACGCCAUUCAUCUCGUUGGCCGUUAAGACAGUGGAUACCCAGCUCUUUAAAAGUGGUGCAGAGAGCACUGAAAGUGACGAUGAAAGUGACGGCCUACUGACUCCGCUUAACAUUCUGCUGCUAAGCCCAGCAGCAAGGCCUGGCAAUUUUUCUCGAGCUGAUGCCAUCAUUCAGUUACUAGACAUUCGUAAUUCGCAUGGCUCGUAUAUAUCGCACCUGGCACAAUACGCAGGAAAAGACUUUUCAUACAGCAAUAUGGUAGAGGGCUUUCAUGGCCUGGCUAUGGAUACAUCUGGGCACUUUAUAGGGUAUCCAGACCUGUACCUUUCCUUUUCAAAGUACCAGAUACCACAAGUCCACAAUUGUAUGCCUUGGAUGCUGCGGUGUGCAAUGAUUUUCAUGUGUCCGCCGAUCAGGCACUACAACGUGCAGUCGUUCUGGCGAGAUUUAGUCAGGUACAACAGGGCACGGCAGCGCCGCGCAGACAUAACCAAGAACCUAGAUUAG